AUGGUCAUGUUCAGGGUCAUAACUCCUGAACAAGCAUAUGCUGCUAUUGAUCUUCAGAUCCUUGGUCUUCUCUUUGGGACAAUGGUUGCUAGUAUCUAUCUUGAAAGAGCAGAUAUGUUCAAAUAUUUGAGUAAAUUGCUCUCAUGGAAGUGCCAGGGGGCAAAGGACUUACUUUGUCGAAUCUGCCUAAUUUCUGCCAUUUCCAGUGCUUUUUUCACCAAUGAUACCUCUUGUGUUGUUUUGACCGAGUUCGUGUUAAAAAUUGCCAGGCAACAGAAUCUCCCACCUCAUCCAUUCCUGUUAGCGCUUGCCUCAAGUGCAAAUAUUGGUUCAUCAGCCACUCCAAUUGGCAACCCCCAAAACCUGGUCAUAGCUCUUCAGAGUAAGAUCUCUUUUGGAAACUUCUUAUUCGGGAUUUUCCCUGCAAUGCUUGUGGGAACUUUGGUAAAUGCUUUGCUUCUUCUAUGUAUGUAUUGGAAGUUGUUAUCUGUUCAGAAGGAGGAAGAAGAUCCUGCUACUGAAGCGGUUACUCAGGAAGAUGUAAUCUCACAUCGCUUUUCACCAGUAAGAAUGUCACAUGCAUCCUUGAACUCUCAAGAAUUGAGUUCUGAAUUGGAAUCUAUAGACAUUCAGGUCUGUCCAGUGGUCAAUCAUAACACAGGUCCUGUGGAGUCCCAAAGGACCCGUAUGAGUUCAAAUGAGGAUGAAAUCGACAGGGUCCCUAGUGGGGUGCCGCAGUCCUCAAGAAACUCAAAUGCAUCAAAGGAAUGGACAGAUGAAGGAGUUACUUCAAAAAGAUUGGCAUCUGUAAAUGGAUUGCCUGAUGCAAUCUCUACUAAAUAUUUGGAGGAAAAGGAAGUCUCAACGACGAAAUGGAAAGGAAUAUUAUGGAAAACAUGCAUUUAUCUUGUUACUAUUGGUAUGCUGAUUUCAUUUCUUAUUGGUCUGAAUAUGUCAUGGACUGCAAUUACAGCUGCACUU